CGGCUGAUCUGAAACAGAAAGUAAAGUUUUCUUUUGUUGAGGAUCCAUUUUGAGACGACAGAGCAGAAAACGCAAUAUGGAGAGAAGAAGAAAGAAGAGGGGACAGUGCUCUAAAAUGAGUCUCUCUGUGGAGAGAGAGGAGGGACCUGCCUCUAAAAUGAGUCUCUCUGUGGAGAGAGAGGAGGGACCUGCCUCUAAAAUGAGUCUCUCUGUGGAGAGAGAGGAGGGGGGCCCUGCCUCUAAAAUGAGUCUCUCUGUGGAGAGAGAGGAGGGACCUGCCUCUAAAAUGAGUCUCUCUGUGGAGAGAGAGGAGGGACCUGCCUCUAAAAUGAGUCUCUCUGGGGAGAGAGAGGAGGGGGGUCCUGCCUCUAAAAUGAGUCUCUCUGUGGAGAGAGAGGAGGGACCUGCCUCUAAAAUGAGUCUCUCUGGGGAGAGAGAGGAGGGGGGCCCUGCCUCUAAAAUCCAUCUCUCUGGGGGACAUGACACCAAAGCUAAGAGUCCAAUCAAGCAGGAGAGACCAGCCUCCCCUGUACCCAGCUGUGUGUCCAUGAAGAGUGACAGGUCUAUGCGUCAUCCUAUAUUCUUUAGAGAGGGAGACUUUUCUACUGAACAAAGUCCAAUCAAGCAGGAGAGACCAGCCUCCCCUGUACCCAGCUGUGUGUCCAUGAAGAGUGACAGGUCUAUGCGUCAUCCUAUAUUCUUUAGAGAGGGAGACUUUUCUACUGAACAAAGAAACCAACAGGAGAGAUCAGAGUCAGAGAUUCUCAGUGGGCAGUCUUCCCAGAGUCAUCAAACAGACCUGGACUCCAUAUUCAGUAUGCUUGAAGAGAAAAUUGUGACAUUUGUGAAGAACGAGCUGAAGAUGUUCAAGAGGAUUCUUAGUCCAGAACUCCCAGAAGGCUUUGAGAGUCAGAAGCAGGAUAAGGAAGUGGUGGAUGCUGAAGAUGAGAAGCAGGAGAGCAGUGCCAGAAAGGGGGCUCUGAAGAUCACACUGCACAUCCUGAGGAAAAUGAACCAGAAGGAGCUUGCUGACACACUGGAGAAAAAUUCAGAUGAGCUUGCUGUGAUUUGCCAACGUGAACUCAAAUCUAAUCUAAAGAAGAAGUUUCAAUGUGUAUUUGAGGGGAUCGCUCAACAAGGAAACCCAACACUUCUCAAUAAGAUCUACACAGAGCUCUACAUCACAGAGGGUGGAAGAGGAGAAGUUAAUAAUGAACAUGAGCUGAGACAGAUUGAGACAACAACCAGGAAACAAGCAAGACCAGAUACUGCAAUCAAAUGUAACGACAUCUUCAAACCCUUAACUGGACAAGACAAACGUAUCAGAACUGUGCUGACAAAGGGAGUCGCUGGCAUUGGAAAAACAGUCUCUGUGCAGAAGUUCAUUCUGGACUGGGCUGAAGGAAAAGCAAAUCAGGAUGUCCAAUUUGUAUUUUCAUUCCCUUUUCGGGAGCUGAAUUUGAUGAAAGAGGACAAACACACUUUGAUUGAACUUCUCAAUCACUUCUCAAUGGAAACCAAACAAUCAGGAAUCUCCAACUACAACAAGUACAAAGUUCUGUUCAUCUUUGAUGGUCUGGAUGAGUGCCGACUGCCCCUAGACUUCCAGAAGAACAAGAUCUGUUGUGACGUCACAGAGUCAACCUCAGUGGAUGUUCUGCUGACAAAUCUCAUCAAGGGAAAUCUGCUUCCCUCUGCUCUCAUCUGGAUAACUACCCGACCUGCAGCAGCCAAUAAGAUCCCUUCAGAGUGUGUUGACCAGGUGACAGAGGUACGAGGGUUCAAUGACCCACAGAAGGAGGAGUACUUCAGCAAGAGAUUCAGUGAUGAGGACCUGGCCAGCAGAAUCAUCUCACACAUCAAGACAUCAAGGAGCCUCCACAUCAUGUGCCACAUUCCAGUCUUCUGUUGGAUUUUUGCAACAGUCCUUGAACACAUGUUGAAACAUAAGAGAGAAGAGAUGCCCAAGACUCUGACUGAGAUGUACACACACCUUGUGGUGUUUCAUACCAAACAGAAGAAUGAAAAGUAUAUUGGGAAAGAAGAGACAGAUCCACACUGGAAUAAAGAGAGCAUUCUGUCACUGGGAAAACUGGCUUUUCAACAGCUUGUGAAGGGCAAUCUGAUUUUCUAUGAAGAAGACCUGAAAGAGGCUGGUAUUGAUGUCAAUGAAGCCUCAGUGUACUCAGGAUUGUGCACACAGCUCUUUAAAGAGGAAUGUGGGCUGUACCAGGACAAGGUGUACUGCUUUGUGCAUCUGAGCAUUCAGGAGUUUCUGGCUGCUGUAUAUGUGCUCCUCUCAUUCAUCAACAACAAUGAGAAUCUUAUGGACAAACUGCAAACAAAAGACGAGCCUGAAGUUACUGUCUACAAGAGUGCUGUGGAUAAAGCCUUACAAAGUGAGACGGGAAACCUGGACCUUUUCCUCCGCUUCCUUCUGGGCCUCUCACUGGAGUCCAAUCAGAAGCACUUACGAGGUCUACUGACAAAGACAAGAAGCAGCUCACAGAGCCAUGAAGAAACAGUCAAGUACAUCAAGGAGAAGAUCAGGGAGAAUCCCUCUCCAGAGAGGAGCAUCAAUCUGUUCCACUGUCUGAAUGAACUGAAUGACCAUUCUCUAGUGGAGGAGAUCCAAAGCUACCUGAGCUCAGGAAGUCUCUCUACAGACAUCCUGUCACCUGCACAGUGGUCAGCUCUGGUCUUUGUGUUGCUGACUUCAGAAAAGGAGCUGGAUGUGUUUGACCUGAAGAAAUACUCCAGAUCAGAGGAAGGUCUUCUGAGGCUGCUACCAGUGGUCAAAGCCUCCAGAGCUGUUCUGCUGUCAGGCUGUGGAGUCACAGAGGAAGGCUGUGCUUCUCUGGUCUCAGCUCUGGAGUCAAACCCCUCACACCUGAGAGAGCUGGACCUGAGUAACAAUGACCUGAAGGAUUCAGGAGUGAAGCUGCUCUCUGCUGGACUGGGGAAUCCCCACUGUAAACUGGAGACUCUGAGGCUGUCAGGCUGUCUAGUCACAGAGGAAGGCUGUGCUUCUCUGGUCUCAGCUCUGAAGUCAAACCCCUCACACCUGAGAGAGCUGGACCUGAGUAACAAUGACCUGAAGGAUUCAGGAGUGAAGCUGCUCUCUGCUGGACUGGGGAAUCCCCACUGUAAACUGGAGACUCUGAGGCUGUCAGGCUGUCUAGUCACAGAGGAAGGCUGUGCUUCUCUGGUCUCAGCUCUGAAGUCAAACCCCUCACACCUGAGAGAGCUGGACCUGAGUAACAAUGACCUGAAGGAUUCAGGAGUGAAGCUGCUCUCUGCUGGACUGGGGAAUCCCCACUGUAAACUGGAGACUCUGAGGCUGUCAGGCUGUCUAGUCACAGAGGAAGGCUGUGCUUCUCUGGUCUCAGCUCUGAAGUCAAACCCCUCACACCUGAGAGAGCUGGACCUGAGCUACAAUCACCCAGGAGAUUCAGGAGUCAGACUGCUCUCUGCUGGAUGGGAGGAUCCACACUGCAGACUGCAGAAACUCAAUGUGGAACAUGGAGGAGAGUACACAAUGAAACCUGGGCUUAGAAAAUAUGUCUGUGAUCUCACACUGGACCUAAACACAGUAGACAGACACCUCUCUCUGUCUGAGGAGAACAGAAAGGUGACAUGUAGGAGAGAGGAGCAGCCGUAUCCUGAUCACCCAGAGAGAUUUGAGGACAGUGGACAGGUGCUGUGUAGAGAGGGUCUGACUGGGCGCUGUUACUGGGAGGUAGAGUGGAGUGGGGGGGCUGGUAUAGGAGUGACAUAUAAUGGAAUCAGCAGGAGAGGAGGGGGUGAUGACUGUUAUCUUGGAUCCAAUGACAAGUCCUGGAGUCUGUUCUGCUCUGACAACAGUUGCAUUGCCUGGCACAAUAAUAAAUCCACUAUCAUAGCCGUCCCCUCCUCCAGCUCCCACAGAGUAGGAGUGUAUCUGGACGGGCAAGCCGGCACUCUGUCCUUCUAUAGAGCCUCCUCUGACACACUGACCCAGCUGAUCACAUUCACCUCCACAUUCACUGAGCCCCUCUAUCCAGGGAUUCAUCUUUGGGGUUCUGGCAACUCAGUGUCCCUCUGUUAGUGAUACACACACUGGACACACACACACACUGGACACACACACACACACACACACACACUGGACUGACAGACACACACACACACACACUGGACACACACACACACACACACACACACUGGACAAACACACACGCACUGGACACACACACACGCACACUGGACAAACACACACACUGGACACACACACACACACACUGGACACACACACACACACUGGACAAACACACACGCACUGGACACACACACACACGACACACACACUGGACAAACACACUCACACACUGGACAAACACACACACACUGGACAAACACACUGGACAAACACACUGGACAAACACACUGGACAAACACACACACACUGGACACACACACACACACACACUGGCAAACUCACACUGGACAAACAAAAACGCACACACACACCCACUGGACACACACACACACACACACUGGACAAACACACACACACACUGGACAAACACACACACACUGGACAAACACACACACAUUGGACAAACACACACUGUCACGUAGAGUAGGCCAGAAGGCUAAACUGGAUAACCUAACCUCUAUCAAAAUAAAAAGAUGGCGGAGCCGCAAAAGUUCUUCUGUGCAAAGGUGUUUAUUUACAAGUGAUUCCGGAACAAAAAACAACAGUACUGCCAUCAACGUCUACCUUAUGGGACAGCUUAAAAACAAUGCUGCCCCAUCCACAGCUCGAUCCAAAAUGCCUCUACAAUGCCUCUCACAAUGCCUCUCACAAUGCCUCUCACAAUGCCUCUCACAAUGCCUCUCACAAUGCCUCUCACAAUGCCUCUCACAAUGCCUCUCACAAUGCCUCUCACAAUGCCUCUCACAAUGCCUCUCACAAUGCCUCUCACAAUGCCUCUCACAAUGCCUCUCACAAUGCCUCCCAAUGAACUGAAAGAGAGGCUCCUUUUGUAGGGCUAGCCCCUCCCCUCAGAACAAUUAACCCUAAUUAAUGAAGCAAUUAACAAUACAAACCUACAUUUUCCAUUAACUAAACAUACUAAAGGAUAUACAUUGCAACACGGUUUUAAACAAUAUUACAACAUAACAUUUACAACAUUACAUCACUACUGACAAUAUCUUUCAAUAUGCCCAUAUGCAUUAAUGAGCCAUUUGGAACAGGCACUAUAAAGCCAGCCCAAUUCCCUUAGCUCGGGUCCUUUUCCAGCAUACCCGGAAGCUACAGAGAUGGAGAGAGAGAGGAACAGAACAAACAAACAAUGCGCUCAUCCACAACAUUGAUAAGUAUAAUAAAUAUUGCAUAUCUUAAAUAUGAACACUGAGAAGUGUGAAAUGUAUGUACUAAGACAGAAGUUAAUUUGUGUGUCGACCCACAUUGUUAACUUAUCUUAUAAUGGCACAGGGAGGAGUGAUGAACGCGUGUGUGCGUUGAAUAACCAAAUGCUGCCCACGGCCAGUGACGGACUUCUACGUCACACACACACACACACACACACACACACACACACACACACACACACACACACACACACACACACACACACACACACACACACACACACACACGCUGGACACACACACACACACACUGGUCAAGGACACACACACACACACACACACACACACACACACACACACACACACACACACACACACACACACACACACACACACACACACACACACGCUGGACACACACACACACUAACUGGACAAACACACACACACACACACACACACACACACACACACACACACACACACACACACACACACACACACACACACACACACACACACACACACACACACACACACACACUUGUCAAACACACACACACACACACCACACACACACACACACACACACACACACUUGUCAAACACACACACACACACACACUUGUCAAACACACACACACUGGACACACACACACACACACACACUGGACAAACACACACACACACACACUUGUCAAACACACACACACUGGACACACACACACACACACACACACACACUCACACUGGACAAAAACAAACACACCCUGGCAAACUCACACUGGACAAACAAAAACACACACACACACACAUUGGUCACACACACACACACACACACACACACACACACACACACACACACACACACACACACACACACACACACACACACACACACACACACACACACACUGGACAAAUACACACACUGUGGGGGUUUUAUAAGGUUUUUUGACAUGCUUAACUAACUAUAAGCUAGUAGGGCUUCUUAUGCAUUAAAGUUUGAAUUGCUGACUCUUGUGAACCUGCAUUUUCCAUUGUUCUCACUUUUACCAGUGCUCAGGGCCUAACCAUGAAUAUCAGCCUGAAAUGUGUGUGUGUUAAAGAGAGCGCUGUACUGUGUGAAAUAUGUGUGUGUAUGCAACAAAUGUAUCAGUAGUGUGGGCGCUGUACUAUGUGGCCGAGACUGUGCUAAUCUUAGAAAGACACAGGAGGGGGGUGAAUCAGGAGACUGCUGACCAGACAAUAACAGAUAAACUAUACACACGAAAAACAUAUGUGAGGUUCUGAGUCAUGCACUAUAACCCAAUACUAUAACAAACGUGAUUAGCAACUGUAUUAUAUGUGAUUGAAUACUAUAACAAACGUGAUUAGAUAUUGACAACCUGUUGGCCUGGGCGCCUGGAUGUCUGUGUGUGUGUGUGCUGGAAGUAACAGUUAGCUCAGAUAAGAAGCUGGGAAGCUGUAGUUAGCCUUGAGCGAGAACAGUGGACAAUGUAUACAGGUGCAGAUAUCUCAGACAGUGUUAUAAAACUGUCUGACCCCAGUCUUUGGGGUGAAGGAGCGUAAUCUACACAGCAACAGCGAAAGGACACCAGAAAGCGCAAAGAAGCUGGGACCAGCUUAUGUGCCAACACCAACGAUAGGCUGGGUGAGUCUAAACCACGCCCAGUCUCUACUCUGACAGGCCGGCUCGGAAGUGGGAACUAUCUCUGUCACGAGUAUAAUAUACUAUCUUUGUCAGAAACAAAUCAGUUGUUGUUCCUUGUCCCACCCUGCGGGGUGGUGCAGGGAACCCGUAUAUACGAAAAAUGUAUUUGCCAUUUAUUAACUUUUGAAUUAAACAAUUAUUUUAACCAA